UGGAAGAACACUUCACGGCUGAAGGCUUGAAAGGCCUUGGGUCCUUACUGCCUACUGGGAGCCUAGGGUUCAGGCCCAGCCCCGGGACAACAGGUGUGGACCAGGAGCCAGUAUAAAUGCCCGCUACCUGAGCUUCAGACCAUGUACUCGUACAGCUGCCUAGAGCCCGGAGCGGGCGUCUGGCCUCCGCUGCAGCCCCUCACUUACUCCUACCCGUCCCGCCCUCUGCUGCUGCCCCUCAUCCACGCCCACAGCUGCUGCUGCCGGCUUCCGAGCCUGACCGCGGACGAGUGGCCGGCUCCGCGGGAAUACCACUGCUUCCACAGCCAAGGCGCGCCCCUGGCGGCCGUGCCGCCCUCGUGGGCCUUCCUGCAGACCUACGCCGCGGCCCUGCGCCCGCCUUACCCCACGCCCGGCUACCUGGGGCCAUUCCUACAGGGGUGCGCGGCGGAGGGGAUGGCGGCCGCCCAGCGCAACGCGCCGUGGCCCGAAGGCAGUAGCUUGCAGCUAGAGCUGCGAUGGGGCCGCCUGGAGCGUGCUCUGGGCCCGCGCCUCCAGCUGCCCGACGUGGUGCGGCGGGAGCUGCGGCGGAUGUACGGCACGUACCCGCGCACCGACGUGCGCGUCACCUACCGCGGCGGCCAGUUCCUGCUUCAGGCCGCGCCGCGCGUCCCCGAGCCUGAGUACCGUGAGCAGAGGCGCGUGCUUCGGCCGUCCGCCAGCAGCGGCAGCGAAGACAGCAGCCCGGCCGCUGAAGCGGCGGAGCGUGGCGGUCGGAGGAAGAGAAAAGGCCAGAGCUGAGGACGCUGAAGGGUCCGGUGGCCGGCCGGGCUGAAUUUGCAGUAUUCCAGAAGUUUGCGGGAGGGGUAGGCCACACAUCCUAUGUGAACUAUGGGUCUGGCCAGACCCCACAUCUGAUGCCCAUGCUGUACAAAUUUGGCUCCUCGUUAAAUUGCUUUUACUGAACUUCCACUUGUUGGAUGGAAACAGCUAGCCUGGGUAUACAGGUAUGUUAUUGAAGCUGUGCAACACUUGAUUGAUUACUGCUAUAUCUGUGAACUUCAUGGAGACGUUCUCUCAAGCCUCACUACUUGGGAAGGGUGUUUCUCCUAAUGAGUGGUUUACUUUUAUCUUGGAAGCACCAAGGAUCUCAUAACUGGUCAUAUUUUUCUCUUUGCCCUGGCUUCUAGGGAGCUCAGAGGCAAAUUUGCUUAGCAUCUUUUGUGUAAAGCCUGGAUCAUGAAAUUAGGAUCAUCCCUAAUUUCAUCUUAUUUUCCUUUCCUUUUUUUUUUUUUUUUUUAAUUAUAAAAACACAGGGAGGUGGUGUAAUGAGUCUGCUGUGUGACCUUAGGUAAAUUGCUUAAUGUCCCUGAACCAAUUUCCUCAUCACAAAUGGGGGUGAUGGGGACUUCUAUCUCAUGAGGUUAUUGAGAAGAUGCCAUGAAAUGCACAAAAUGUUUACCACAGCGUCUGGCAUGUAUUAAGUGCUCAAAUGUUAGUGUUUGUUUUUAAAAUAAAAUAGUUGGCUAUAUAGAAAUAUAUCAAAUAGGAUAAAAGUCUUUUUUAUAUCCUCAACCCCAAAUGAUAAGUAGGUUCCAACCUAUUAUUUUUCCAAUUUUUUUUUCUGUGCACAUAUUAAUUGCAUAAAAGGAAUUUCACCGUUUUACCUGUUACAUUUUACAGUAAGUAUAUUUUGGACAUCAUUCCAUGGUAGUGUACCUGGAGCUACCUCAUUCUUUAACAGCCACCCAAUAUUCCAUAGCAUUUGGAUUCUUUCCAGGUUUUAGCUGUUAAAAGUCCAUCCAACAAAUGUUUUGAGUGCUUAUUAUUUUUUAAGUUUAUUUAUUUUGAGAGAGGGAGAGAGUGAGCGAGCAGGGGAGGGGCAGAGAGAGAGGGAGACACAGAAUCUGAAGCAGGCCCCAGGGCCUGAUGUGAGGCCUGCACUCACGAACUGUGAGAUCAUGACCUGAGCCAAAGUCAGAAGCUUAUCCGACUGAGCCGCCCAGGCACCCCUUGAGGGCUUAUGAUUUGCCAGGAACUAUUCUAGACCCUGGGGAUACAGUGAUGAAUGAGACAGCCAUGGCAGUUUCUGCCUGUACGAAGCUUACAUUUUAGGGGGAGAAAUGAGGAUGGGGUAACAGGCAAAUAGAUGAAGGGAAGUUGUUAUACGUACUACAGCAGGAAUAAGAGGCUGAAAUAGAAAAUGUGAGCAGAGUAGUGGAGCCUAGAAUAAGAUAAUCAAGGAAGGUUUCUCCGAGGAGGUGACAUUUAAGUUGAGAUCUAAAGAAUGUGAAAAAGGUAGCCAUGCAAAGAGAAGGGUGAGGGAGAAACCAGGCAAAGGGUAUAGUGGGUUAUCUGUGGGAAUAUAGUGGGAAUGAAGAAAGUUAUCUUCAUUCACUCAGUAGGCAGUUGAGAAUCCAUAGCAUGCCAGGCCUCAUUCCAGGCACUGGGGUUGCAGGAGAGAAGCAAACAAGUCCCUGCCCUCAUGGAGCUUAUUUUAGAAGUGUAACACAGAGAAACAGAGACUGACAACAAGCAAAUGGGUGAAACUAUGAUGUAAUAUCAGAUAGUGAUAAAUGACGUGGUGCUCUUUUUUUUUUUUUUUUUUUUAAGUUCAUUUUGAAAAAGAGAAUCGCAAGCAGGCUCUGUGCCCAGCUCAGAGCCCCACAUGGGGCUCAACCUCACAAACUGUGAGAUCAUGACCUGAAAUCAAGAGUCAGAUGCUUAGGGGUGCCUGGGUGGCUCAGUCAGUGAAGCGUCUGACUUCAGCUCAGGUCAUGACCUCAUGGUUCGUGGGUUUGAGUCCCAUGUCAGGCUGUGCGCUGACAGCUUAGAGCCUGGAGCCUGCUUCGGAUUCUGUGUCUCCCUCUCUCUCUGCCCCUCCCCUGCUUGUGCUCUGUCUCUCUCUGUCUCUGGGAAAUAAACAAAUGUUAAAUAAAUAAAAACAUAAGUAAAAGAGAUGCUUAACUUAGCCACCCAGGCAACCCUGGGGUGCCGUUUUCAAUAGGAUAGCGAGGGAAGGUUUCUCUGAAGAGGUGAUUCUUAAGUGGAGACCUAAUAAAGACCUUUACGAGCCAUUUGAAUACCUGGGGGAGAAAAGCAGGUACAACAACCCUGUGGCUGGAGUGCCCUUGUCCUGUAAGUGAGCAAGAAAAUAAUGAUUAAUGAGAUUAGAGAUGAAGCCAGAUCCCGUGGUACCUGGAAGCCGUGUUGAGAAUUUUGGACUUUAUUCUUAGGGGUGGAGGGUUAUAAGCAGAGGAGAAUGUGAUCAGAUUUUUUUUUUUUUUUAAUUAUUCUGGAUGCUGUGUGGAAAAGAGACUGUAGAGGGGCCAUUGUGUAAAUAGGGGGACAAGUUAGGAGGCUUUUAAAGUCAUCCAGGCAAAUUCAGAUGGUGGCUUGGUCUUAUUUGGAAGCAGUGAGGGUGAUGAGAAAAGGAAUGUCCUUGAAUAUACAUCUUUGUUCACAUAUACAAGUAUUAAAUUGUUGAAUAUAAAGUCUUAGAAUUAGAAAUUGAAUCAUUGAGCAAUGACACCCUGGUGGCCACAAGCACAGCCAGCACCCAGAUCUUUGGUUCUAAAUUCCAUUCUCCACUGAAAGAAACCAAGCACAUUGGGAAAAUGGCUGUUUCCAAGGCUGUAGCAGGGAAGGUACAAGAAGAGCCUGGAACAACUUGUGCCAGAAAAUAAAGGACUCCUCAGAAAUGUCAAA